CGUCACCUCCGGGAGCACCGCAGCUGAGGCGACAGCGGCGCGGGCGGGGGCGAGGGGCGGGAGUGGCCAGAGCAGGCGGCGGGUUCUGGGAAGGACCAAGUCGCUCGCCGCGGCCGAAAGCGCACUCGCGGUUCCUCGCUCGCUGCGCUCCUCGAAGGGGCGGCCGCUUCCAGGACUGACCAGGGCCAGGUGGCGUUCGGAGGGCACUUCAUGGCGGAAGGCGAAGGGUAUUUUGCCAUGGCCGAGGACGAGCUGGCCGGCGGCGCUUACAUCCCCCUGGGCGGCGACUUCAGCAGCGGCGACUUUGGUGGCGGCGGCGGCGGCGACUUCGGCGGGCACUGCUUGGACUAUUGCGAAAGCCCCACGGCGCACUGCAAUGUGCUGAACUGGGAGCAAGUGCAGCGGCUGGACGGCAUCCUGAGCGAGACCAUCCCGAUCCACGGGCGCGGCAACUUCCCCACGCUCGAGCUGCAGCCGAGCCUGAUCGUGAAGGUGGUGCGGAGGCGCCUGGCCGAGAAGCGUAUCGGCGUCCGCGACGUGCGCCUCAACGGCUCGGCCGCCAGCCACGUUCUGCACCAGGACAGCGGCCUGGGUUACAAGGACCUGGACCUCAUCUUCUGCGCCGACCUGCGCGGGGAAGAGGAGUUUCAGACUGUGAAGGACGUCGUGCUGGACUGCCUGUUGGACUUCUUACCCGAAGGGGUGAACAAAGAGAAGAUCACACCACUCACGCUCAAGGAAGCUUAUGUGCAGAAAAUGGUUAAAGUGUGCAAUGACUCUGACCGAUGGAGUCUUAUAUCCUUGUCAAACAACAGUGGCAAAAAUGUGGAACUGAAAUUUGUGGAUUCCCUCCGGAGGCAGUUUGAAUUUAGUGUAGAUUCUUUUCAAAUCAAAUUAGACUCUCUUCUCCUCUUUUAUGAAUGUUCAGAGAACCCAAUGACUGAAACAUUUCACCCCACAAUAAUUGGUGAGAGCGUCUAUGGUGAUUUCCACGAAGCCUUUGAUCACCUUUGUAACAAGAUCAUUGCCACCAGGAACCCAGAGGAAAUCAGAGGGGGCGGCCUGCUUAAGUACUGCAACCUAUUAGUGAGGGGCUUUAGGCCCGCCUCUGAUGAGAUCAAGACCCUUCAGAGGUAUAUGUGUUCCAGGUUUUUCAUCGACUUCUCAGACAUUGGAGAGCAGCAGAGAAAACUGGAGUCCUAUUUGCAGAACCACUUCGUGGGAUUGGAAGACCGCAAGUAUGACUAUCUCAUGACCCUUCAUGGAGUGGUGAAUGAGAGUACAGUGUGCCUGAUGGGACAUGAAAGAAGACAGACUUUAAACCUUAUCACAAUGCUGGCUAUCCGAGUGCUAGCUGACCAAAAUGUCAUCCCUAAUGUGGCUAAUGUCACUUGCUAUUACCAGCCGGCCCCCUAUGUAGCAGAUGCCAACUUCAGCAAUUACUACAUUGCACAGGUCCAGCCAGUAUUCACAUGCCAGCAACAGACAUACUCCACUUGGCUACCCUGCAAUUAAGAAUCAUUUAAAAAUGUUCUGUGGGGAAGCCAUUUCAGACAGGAUAGGGUAAAUAAAUAAAUAAGGCUGAGUGACCCAGCCCCGAUUAAAGAUAUGUUUUGUGCAAUGAUGAUCUGCUCCUAGUUUUAAGCUUGGCAAAGCUUGUGGAUCUUUUCAUCGGUUUGGGAGCAUGAUCUCGAAACAACCCUUCUUACCCACCAACCCUCUCACCUGUUCCUCCUACCCAGUUGGAUUCUAUCCUGAAACAAAAGAGACCUGUCAUUAAAAGCAACCAGGUUCUCCUAAAAUAACAAGGGAAAAAAAUGCUUGAUGACAAUAUGGGUUUGCAGUACUUGCUCCCGUAGCUUUGCCAUAGGAAAAAAAUAUGGAGAGUUUCUUAUAAGGUGGAAUUUACAAAAGGGAAAACACAGAGGAAAAAAGAUCUUACCCCAACCUAAUUAUCAAUUCAAAGUUCAGAUAGUAACAAUAAUGGAAGAAAAGGGACUCCAACGUUGGGAUUACUAUCUGAGACUUGCAGCAAGUGCUUUCUGUGGAACUAUCCUAUUAACGCUAACAGAAACAGCUUGCUCCAAAUGAACAGUAGUAGGUUGGUGCAGUUCUCAUAUAACAAACAGCAGAACUUAAUGAUGACACAAUCCAUUAUUUCCAGCUGUGUGCAUAGCUUGCAUUUUUAAAAUAUGAAAAUGCAAGCAAAAACAGCUGUAGCAAAGAAAGUAUGCUCAAGGACCAAAGAUUUAACAGAUAAAAAUACCCAAGUAGAAGAGAUAUAGUAGAAUAUAUAAAGAGUUAACUAUAUUUGUUACACACCAAUAAACAUCAAAGUGCCUGUUGCCUUCUGAAAAUAUGAAGUGGAAAAAUUUUAUGGUUUAAUGAUUAUUUUAUUUUAUCAGGGACUCAAGAAGAAAAUAAAACAACAUGUAAGCUUGUGAAUGGUGGAGGAAAUGCCCUAUUUUUUCUUGGCAAAUACUUGUGUAAAGUUAACAUUGUUGGUGUGAUAUUAUCAUAGGUACAUGUGUAUGUGUGUGUACAUGAUGUAUAUAUAUAUAUAUACACAUAUCUCAAAUAUGUCUGAGAUAUGUAUAUAU